AUGUCGUCUAAGGAGGCUGAUGACCGUUUGGAAGGCAGUAAUGACACGUUCGGAGGUCUUGUGAUCCGCAAGAAACAUGGUACCGAGGAGAAAUCGAAAAAUUCGGGCGGAAAGUGAGUUUUGGCUUCAUUUUGUUGUUAAGUUUCUUCAAAAACGUGAAGUAUUUUUUAUAAAUUUUUAAAUCAACCUUCUUUCAAUCAUCAAAUUGGAUAUGAUGGUAGUAAUUAUUUUCUUAAGGUCUCUACUCGGUUUGGACAGAUUAGCUUCAGCGAAAAGAGAAAAUACACGUAAACGUGUCGCUCACGAUGAUGACGAGGGUAUAACCGAAUCAGUUCGUCGUGGAAUCGACAAGUUGAAUUAUUUUCCAGUUUUAAGAAAAUUAAGAUAUUUCAGAGUUCACGAACGGCACCGAGAUAAAGACGACCGAGGGUUGAAAGCAAAAUCGAAAGGAGACAAAGAAAGAGAAAAUGACCGGAAUAGAAAUCGCAGUCAUCGAAGUGAUCGAAAAUCGAAUUAUAGAGAUGAAACUCCGAGUUUCAAGGUGAUUCCUGAACUCAGAAAAAUCAAUAAUUUAAUUAUUUCGAUGGUGGUUAUAAUAAGAGCUAAGCCGAAUGAAAGCCUGGAACAUUGAAAAAGAGUUAGAAAAAGGACUUUUUAAAAAAUUUUAACGUUGUUAAAAGAAAGAAAUUUCCAGAAAUUUCUGAAAAGCUGCGAGAAGUUUUUUCCGUUUAAUUUUAAAAAUAAAAAAAUUUGGGCAUUUUUAUCCUCACUAUUUCCGUAUUUUAUCUUUUUUUUUCUCUCGAUAUCUUUUUACCUUUAUGAAAAGAUUUUUCUAAAACUUAUUAUCAAAAUGCGCUUAGAAAGGACUUUGCCUGGUUUUCGUGCACCCUCCCUGAAAUGAACUAAUUUUUUUUGUUUUUGAAGAAAUGGCAUUAUAAAGUUCCUCAGCGUUUUGAGUCUUCAUGGAUUCGAUGAAAGAAGGGUACGAAAAAUGAUUGAAAACCUGGAAAAGUUCAUUUUCCUUCAAAAAUUUGAAGCUUUCGGCACUUUUACACUUUGCAGUGGCUCUUUAGGUUUUUUUCAGAUGCUUUAACUUGAAAUUCAUAAAUUCAUUUGUAAAUUACAGAUUCCAAACACACCGUCAAGGUCCGCUUGGGACGUCGAGGACCGCGAUGGACCCAGGAAAAGAAGCAGUUGGGACACGCCGACGCCUGGAAGAGAUCGGGAUCGAGAUCGCAGAAGUGACAAAAGAUAUGAUUCGACCAGAAGUAGGGAUUUCUGUUAAAAAACGAUGAAUUUUUGAGCGAACAGUUAUUUUUUGAAAUUAAUAUGUAUUGAAAAAAUUUAUGACACAAAAAAUUGAACUUUCGGGGUCAAAUUUUGGAAUGCAAUUUUAAUAAAAAGCAAUUUUUCAGCCAUUUUUACAUUUUUUUUUUCACUGAUUUGUUCUGGAGCUAUUUUUUCUUCAAGUUGAGAGUAUAAUGUUGAAUUUUAGGUAUUUCAAGCGCCUGGAAUAGUGAAAGACGGCGGAGAGACGAUGAUAAACGGAAAAGAUACGAAAAACCGGAAGAUUCUGUCCGGUCGAUGAAAGAAGAGAAGGCUGUGUACGUUUCGUUUCUGAAAAAAAUAGUUUUUUUAACUCCUAAAAAAAUCCAAGUUUUUUUCUUGUUUAUUGCUAUUCCUCCUCUAAUCUUCAUCUUUUUUUAGUUUUUUUAAGAAGAAAAAUAUCAAAAAUUUUUUUGCUUAUUACAAAAAAAUAUUGCAACUUAAAAUGUUUCGAAAAUUUAAUAAAAUGCAUGAAUUUCGUCUCGGGCGAAGUUGGAAUGGUGGAAAAUGGCCGUUAAAAGGGAGAGGCUCCAAAAAGGCCGCAGAAAGGCAGGAAAAAGGCAACAAAAUGAGUCCCUUCCAUUUUUUCUGGGGUUUCAAAGGCUCAAGAAAUGGUGGAAAAAGGGAGAGGCAGCAAAAAUGGUGCAGAAGAGCUGAUAAAAUGGCGCAAAAAGGCAGCAAAAAAGAAAGCUUUUCCCCCCUAAAAGAAAAAUUUCAAUGGAGCCUUUUUCCACCCAUUCCGCCUAUGCGAAUUAUUCAGGCCUGUUUUCCACGACGACGAAGAACGUCAACAGUGGGAAGAAGAGCAGAAAAACUUGGACCGUGAAUGGUACGACAAUGACGGAGGGACCUACGACGACGAGUACAAUCCUUUCGCCAAGGUGAAAAAAAAAGGAAAAAACCGAUGAUAAUACUCUUUUUAUGAUGUUUUGUGAGUUUAAAAAAAUGAUAUGACUAUCAGAUAUGUUUUUUCCAAGAACGUUUUUUUCUUAUUAUUUUUUUAUAACUAGGGAAUUUCCAAAUUUUUCGUUAUUUUGAACGUCUUCAUACGAUUCGCAAAAAAAAAUAUUGACAAAAACACCAAGAAACAGAAAAAAACCACUAGAAAACAGUCGGAGACUAGAGAUAUGAGAAACUCGGAAAAAUUGGACAUUUCGAGAAAAAAAAAAUAUAAACUAAACGAGCUCUUUAGGCAGUUUUUUCUACUUUUCAAACAUAAAUUCAACUUUUUCCAACCUAAUUACCUUUUUUUAAGGUUCCGAAGAAUCGAAGAAUUUUUUUUAAGCAUUAAAAUAUUUAUAUCCGGACAAGAAUCAAUUUUUUUUUUCUACCUAGUGUAAUUUGCUUUGAGUCCCCUGGAGAGUUCUCCAAGAGCUUUUUAAAAUGAUUUUUUUAUAAAUAUUUCCGACAAAAAAAAUUUUUGAAGCCAUCUUAUUUGAGAUCUCUGAAGAAUUUGUCUAGAGGUUUUUAAAUUAUUUUUCCAAAGUUUCCAAAAAAAUUCCACUUUUUCUUGUGAAGUUAAUUCAAUUUUUUUCAAAGUGAUCUUAAAAUUAUUCUUAGAAUAAUUCUGAACGGAAAAUCAACAUUUUUCCAACCUUAUCCCACUUCUUUGAGGUCUCCGAAGAGUUUGUCGAAAAACGAGAAAAGCAAUGGCAAGAAAAGACUUCGAGACCCCGACUGACAGUCAAACAGCAGGCGAUCAAACGGGAGAACGAAAUGUGGGAAAAUAAUCGAUUGCAUCGAUCCGGUAGCUUUUUGGAGAAUUCAUCAUUAUUAUCGAUUGAUUCCAGGCGUCGUCGCGUUUUCCGAAGAGAUGUCGACGACUUUCGAGGACGAGACCGACGAAAAUCGGGUCAAUGUCAUGGUUCACAACAUCGUGCCGCCCUUUUUGGAUGGUCGCAUCGUUUUCACCAAGGUUUUGAAAUAGGGAUUUUAGUAGGAUUUAUAGCGAAUUUAGGCUUGAAAGAAUUUUUACAGUGAAAAUCGUUCUUGUCCUUUUUUCUAAAGAUUCGAUUUUUCUUCUGGUUCAACUGGCUUUCUGAAAAUUACUUUCUUAUAGUGAAAUGAAUUCUUAGUUUCGAAUUGGAGAUAUCAAGCAGGUUUUUAGGCGAAAUUCGGCUUUGAAGAAUUUUUGAAGUUGGUAGAUUUUCCACAGUAAAUAGAAAAGCGUUUUUGUUAUUUCCCUUCUAAAAGUUCAAUUUUUCAUCUACUUGAACUCGAUUUUUUCGAGUUUUCUUUCCUAUUAGUAAAAUGAAUAUUUAGUUUCGAAACAGAGAUAUUUGGAAGGAUUUAAGGGAAAAUUGGGCCUGAAAAUGGUCUGAAGUGUGUAGGGUUUUCACACAAGAUGUACCUUUUUGGGAUGUUUUUUUUUUUUGGAAGGUUCAGUUUAUUUCUAUGGUUCAACUAGCUUUAUGAAAUAGACUUCCUAACAGUGAAAUAAAUAGGAUUAGGUGGUUCCUAUAGAAAUUUAAGACCUGAUUUCGGAGUUUCAAAAGUUUAAGGGGUCCUUAUAGCGGUCUUUGAUGUAUUUGUUUUGAUUUCAAAGAUUAAAAAAAAACGUAUAUUUUUUUCUCAUGAAGUUUGAUGAAAAAAAUAACCAUAAUCCCUAGAGUUGCCACUUUUGCAAGCUUCAGUGCCACAUAUAGGGGGGAACCUACACGAGCCCCAAGUUUGCCCUUUAGGGGCCACUCUGGCGUGCCUAAAUAAUUCCGAUGAUUUUUAAGCAAGCCAAGCCGGUGAUCCCCGUCGUGGACACUACCUGCGACAUGGCUGUGGCCGCCGCGAAAGGAAGUCGGGCGGUCCGGCAAAGAAGGGAGACGGAGGACCGGAAGAAGGCGCAGGACAAGCACUGGGAACUGGCCGGCAGCCGACUCGGCAACCUGAUGGGAAUCAAGGAGAAGCCCGACGAGACGGCCGAUCCGGAGGACGACGGCAAUUAUAAGGUCUGACUUCCUAGAUGAUGCUCUCCAUUCGCAGUGGGACUUCUGAUGAGACUAGGUCCACAAGAUGUAGUUUUUCAGGCUGAUUCCAAAUCUGGUCUCAUAGCCCUCGAGGCAUGCGAAAAAAGUUAGGGGCUCCUAAAAGUUAGCCGAGUCUUUUGUUUCAAGAUGAGGUUUUAGCAAUUUCGUUUUGGAUAAUAAACUUAUUUCCAUUCCUCACUAUAUCACUUCGAACUGAAAUUAAAAAAAAAAACAUAACUUUACUUCGAUAAAUUCAUGAAGGAAUAGAUAUGAAAAACUUGAACAAAAGUAGAAUUUAUGGUGAUUUUGUUCCGAAUUUACGAUUUUCGAGUAUGGUUUUUUUAAUCUCAAAAUGUAUACCCCAAAUGAAUUUUUUUACAAAACCCACGAGAAAAAAAAAUUAAUUAAUAUUAUAAGAACUUUCCUUCCUAUUAAAAAAAGCAAUGCAGAAAAAUUUAAAAUUUUUUUAAAAAAAUUUAGUCAAAAAAGUUAUUAUUAUUUUUUUCUGGCACAUAUAUUUUUAUGUCAAAUGUAGGUUUCUUCGAUCGAAAAAAAUGUGAAAAAAAUCUGUAAAUUGUACUGAAAAUCAAAUGGAACAGUUACUUUUUCGCUAAUGAACAGAACAUUUUUCAAAUUGGGCAUUUUACUGAAAUAUUUUUCGUUUUUUUCGAUAUUUUUUUGUUACUAGGGAUCGUUUUUUUCCAACAAACAACAAAGAAAGAGGUUCUGUAGACUUUCAAAAAGUUUCUGAAACAUCAAAAUCAAUUAUCAACUUUUUUUCGCUCAGGAAUCCCAUCAAUUUGCGACCCACAUGAAGGAAAACGAAGCCGUUUCCGAUUUCGCCAUGGAGAAGUCGAUCAAGGUCUUUUUGCGCUGAAAAUUCUCACUUUUAUGAUUUAUUCUUCAGCAACAACGAGAAUAUUUGCCCGUUUUCGCUUGUCGACAAAGAAUGAUGAAUGUCAUUAGGGAAAACAACGUUAUCAUUAUUGUUGGAGAGACCGGAUCCGGAAAAACGACCCAAUUGUCGCAGUAUUUACUGGAAGACGGAUUUGGCAACAGUGGUCGGUUUUGAAUCAUUUCUUACAAAGGAAAAAUAGAGAGGAAUUUUUGAAAAAAUGAACAAUUUUAACGGGUACUGACAGGUUUUAGAGCUGGAAAAAUGAUUUUUCGAAAAAUUUGAAAUUUCUUGUCUUUUUUUAUCUUUGGAAAGUUUUUUUGAGUGAAGUUCGUUUUUCAAAUUUUUCUUUUUGAUUCGUUUUUUUAUGAAGAUUUUUGGUGAAAUUCCAGAAUCCCCCCAUUGCUCUAAGAACGCCCCCCCCGCCCCCUACAUUGUUUAAGAAACGCCCCCUCCACAUGGUUUUUAGAAAUGCUCCCUCCCCCCACAUCAUUCUAGACCAUCAGAGUAACGAAAAUCAAGUUAAUUUACUGAAAAAUUAACCAGCUUCUUCCAAAAAUAAAUGGUGUACUUGCGUAGAAAUUUUUUUCGUAAAAUGUACGAUUGCUUAAUAAAAAAAGAUCAAAAAAACACAUAAUAGGUACUAUGUGAUGGCAAUUUUAUUCAACAAAAAGGAAAUUAGGACCUAAAAAGUUUCAUAAGGUCAUCAUAUUAUUAUAAUAACUAUAUCAAAGAGGAAGAAAAAAACCAAAAUUUGCAGGUUGAUUUUUUUCUUAAAAAAACUAAAAAUAACACCCAGACUCCCUACAAAUCGUUUCAAGACCAAUUAUAUUUUAGAAUGAUCCCAACAUUUUUCUGUUUUAAAUAUUCAUCUAAUAUUUUCUUUUUUCCUAGGAAUGAUCGGCUGUACACAACCUCGUCGUGUGGCCGCAAUGAGUGUCGCGAAACGUGUGGCUGACGAAAUGGGCGUCGAGGUACUAUUAUUAAAAAGAGAAGGAAGCUCUGAAACAAGUUUCGAACAUAAAAUUACUAUUAUUGUCCGUUUUUCACUGUUUUUCUCUGUGCCCUCCUCGUCUCUCGGCGACUCUCUCAUGUUCACGUACUAUUUUUUAUGUUUCUCUGACCUCGUCGGUGAGGGAACAGAGACACGCAGACACUCGAAAACUGUCAAAUCGAGGAGAACGGACUAUAAAAAAUAGAUUUUCAACAACCCAACUGAGAAUAAUUUUUUCCAGAUCGGACAAGAUGUCGGCUAUGCGAUCCGUUUCGAAGACUGUACCUCUGAAAAGACGAUCAUCAAGUACAUGACCGAUGGUAUUUUACUGCGUGAAUGUCUCGGCGACUCGACUCUGGAACAAUAUUCGGCGAUCAUCAUGGAUGAAGCUCACGAAAGGUAGGAAAAUACCUGGUUUUUUGGAAUUUUCAGAGAGAGAACUGUUCUUAAGUUUAUUCAAAAACAAUUUAAAUUUCUAUCGAAGGUUUUUUUUUUGUCUUAACUGAGAAGGUCAUUCUGGUGGGAAACUUGGAAUUUCUCAUCUCAAAAAGCCAUUGAAGAUCCGGAUCAAGACUCCUAGAAGAAGCUACAUCAAUAAACAGUUUCUGUAUAAUUUUUUUAAUUUCAAAAAGAAACAGUUUUUCCUAAAAGACGUAAUCCAAAAAUUUGCCAAGUUUCUCACUCGGCAUACUUUUUUUAGAAAUUCUAAAGUGGCCCCUUGAAGUCCCCCCAUAGGGACCACUUGAGAUUGAAAAAAAGUGGCCCCUAUAGGGAUUUAGUUAGUGGUCCCUAUAAAAGGCAAGCUAGACGAUUAUUUUUUCAACUCUGAGAAGAAGCAUUUCCAUGCGAAAAUUUGAUAAAUUGGAGUUAUUGGAACAAAAAAAUAUAUAUGAACAGAGGAUACAUUCUUCAAUUUUGAUUUUAACUUUCAAGUCUGAAAAAAUAAAAAUUAAAAGACCCUAAAGUCCCUUGAGCUUUAGGGACUUAUGGGUCAGAUCCUAAACUCCUAUAGGGACCACCUGAAGUUACCACUUUAGAAGACGUUUUCUUGCCCCCUAGAGGGGCCGUUUCUCCCUCGAAUUCCUAUAGGGACCACUCUGGCGUUCCUAAGUCAUUCGCGUCGAUCCAUUCCAUUUGCGACCCUUCCUGAAAACGGUAUUUUUCAAGAUCCCUCAACACCGACGUGUUGUUUGGACUGCUCCGAGACGUCGUCGCGAAAAGAUCCGACCUAAAACUGAUUGUCACCUCCGCCACGAUGGACGCCGACAAGUUUGCCGACUUUUUCGGAGGUUCUCCCAUAAUUUUCCGGUUUCAUAGCUUUUUUUGUCCAGGAAAUUGCCCCACUUUCACGAUCCCCGGCCGAACUUUCCCUGUGGAGAUUUUCCAUGCCAGAGCGCCGGUAAAAAAUUUUUUCAUUUUCCCACGAUUUUCUGCUCAUUUUUCAGGUGGAAGAUUAUGUGGACGCCGCCGUGAAACAAGCUGUCACUAUCCAUUUGGGCGGAAUGGAAGGAGAUGUUCUGAUUUUCAUGCCCGGUCAGGAGGAUAUCGAGGUAAAAUCAGUAAAAGACAGUUGAUCAAGCUUCUAGAAUUUUUCGAUUUUUUUAAAAUUAAUUUCACCAUUUCUAAAUGUAGAAAAUCAGCCAAGAACACGAAAUUUUUUUAAAAAGCUUGUCCAAAGUUUUCGAGUGAGAAAUCUUAUUCAAAAAUUCAACCUUUUUCAUCUGCAUGACCUUUCAUUAUAUCACGGGCGAUCGAAAAAUUUCAAAUUAAGGUUUUUUUAGUGAAAAAGUAGUUCAGUUGACGGUGCAAAAAAAGACUUGAUUUUUUUGAGAAAAUAUCUUUUUUGCAGUUUUUCAGAGAAGAAAAAAAUUCAUUUGUCAAAUUUUUUUAGUAUUAGUGUAGAAUUUUUUUAGGACGUAAAAAAAUCAUCAGUUUUUCAAAAAAAGAAAAAAACUGUCCUUUCUCUAUGUGUUCAAAUUUCGUCACGUUAUUGUCGAAAGUUUUUUUUGAUUUUUUAUGGUGUCAAAGAAAAAGGUUAGAGCAUUUUUUUCUCGUCAUCUAUCAAAGAAGAAAAAAACUUCCUCUUUUUCCUAGAAAUUUUCAUUUUACCUUCAAAUGUUCCGAAUUGGUUUUAAUUUUUUUAUGGAAAAAAAAAUUUUUUUCAGAUGUUAUAGAAAGAACAUUUUUUUCAUCUGUUUUUCAAGAAAGAAAUACCCGGCUUUUUUUCUUUUGAACUUUAAACUUUUGCAUAAUUAUUGUCAAAAAAAUGAUCAUUUUUUUCGAAGUUUAUGUUAAAGAAAAGGUUCGGGCAUCUUAAGUGUAUCUUUAAACCAAACCAAUUCUAAAUCCUUUUUGUUACAGACAACAUGUUCCUUGAUCAAAGACAAACUCGGCGAACUCGACGAAGCUCCUCCUCUCGCAGUUCUUCCGAUUUAUUCCCAGCUACCCAGUGAUCUUCAGGUUUCACAUAAAUAAAAUAAUGAGAAAAGCUUCCUUCAAAAUUUUCGAUAGAUAGUACAGUAGAUUACCGUUUCAACUGUACUUUUUUCAUAAUUUUCAGGUUUAUUGAUUAUUGUUUCAUAUCCUUCAUCAUCCAUCAAUUUUUCCGAUCACUUUUCAUAAGUAGAAUUUCAAUUGUAUUGUUGUUCUUCAAAUUUUGGAAAACUCGGCUUUUCUGGCUAAAACUUGAAGCUUGCUUUCUUUUUUAAAUCCUAACAGAAGUUCAGAUUAUUGAAUUUUUCCGAAAAAAAUAUGCCUUUGAAAAACGUUUUUCCUACUGAAAAAAAUUCGAGAAAUGGGUCAAAAAAAUAACUCUUGGAAUUUUUUUCAAGUAGUUUUUGAAAAAAAUCUUUCAAUUAUUUGAAUUUUAAGGCCAAAAUUUUCCAACGUGCCCCUGGAGGAAUGCGAAAAUGCAUCGUGGCCACGAAUAUCGCAGAGACUUCCUUGACUGUCGACGGAAUUUUGUUCGUUAUCGAUCCCGGAUUCUGCAAAAUGAAGGUGUUCAAUCCGCGUAUUGGUAUGGAUGCAUUGCAGGUAAAUACAUCCAAAUUGAGGGCUUCAGAAAGUAUCAAGUUCUGAUCACAGUUUCGAAAACAAUUAAAAAGUGAAAAGUGUCGUAAUUUCUUAAUAAGAACUCCAAGUAUGUUUCAUAUUUGAUUUGAGGCUUAUAGAGGGGCUGGAGAUUCGAUCCAGUUUCAAAAAUAAUUCAAAUGCUUGUGUGAAUUAUCACUUCAGUCAUUAUGUCAAGGCAUCUCGGACAUUGGUAACGCGAAACGGACGUUUCUGGGCAACUCUAGGGAUCACUUAAAUGCGCUGAGGUCACUAAAGUAGUCACUAGAAAUGCCCCGCGUGUCGUUCGCGCUUUUACCAAGGUCCGAGAUGCUGCAAAAGUCGGUCGGUUCGGUCGGAUUGGAAAACUAGGCCACGCCGCAAUAUUACUCCUUGGAACACUUAGAAUUUCCAACUGUUUUUUUUUCUUUUCUGAAUUUUUCUUCCUUUUUAAAUUUUACUAAUAAGGUUUUCGUUCAUUUUCAUUUGACUGUAUCGUUCUCGCGAGAAAAAAAUACGAUGGUUACUACAUUCAAAAUUAUAAACGGAUUAAACUUUUGAAAGUUCCUAUUUAUUUUUUUGGAUCCAAAAUAACUUCAUAUAAUCAAAUAAGCAAAAUUAAAAACCAUAAGUAAUCGAAAAAUGGGAUAAUGUGUAAAAAACAAUAAAAGGCAAGAAAAAAAAAAUCAAACCCAACGAAAACAUUACCGAGAAAAACGAUGAUAAAUAAGGAACAGUUUAUUUUAAAGUGAGGAGCAUGUGUCCCAUAUCCUAGAAAACUGAUAAAAAGGGGAAAAAGUCUGAAAUUCGAUUUUUCAUGGAGCAAAAUUGCGGCGUGGCCUAGUUUUCCAAACCGACCGACUUUUCCAGCAUAUGCCAAGUUUCCUGAAUGAUUUUCCAAAGUUACACCUUAUUUUUUAAAGAUUUUUCGAAUUCAAAUCGAUCAUAUUAGCUUAAACAAAUUUACUUGAGUAAAAGAAGAGUUAUUUUGAUUUAUGAUUUGGAAUUUCUUGAAAAUUAGCCAGAAAACUUCUUGAUGAACCAGGUGAAAUUCCUGACGAAAAAUAAGAGCUCAAAAAAACAGCUCAAUUUAACAAUUUUUCGACGUUUUUUUCUUCGACUUCAGAACUUUUUUUCUACGAUUCAGGUCGAGAAUAUUUCAGUCUUCAUUUUUUUAAAAAAAUUGAAAAAAAUUUUUUUGAGACUAUCUCAACCUUUUUUUCGAUACAUCCAUCAAUGAAAAAAAUAAUAAAAAAUAAAUCCUGGCCGAUUUUUAGAAAAUUAUCAAGUGAAAUGACCUUCCUUGGGCAUCAAGUUCUCAAGUUUUUUUUCCGAAAGUUUUUAGAUUUUUGAGCGAGGAUGAUUUUAUCAUCAUUUUCUAGGUUUUCCCUGUCUCCCAAGCUUCAGCCAAUCAACGGUCGGGUCGUGCCGGCCGUACAGGUCCAGGACAGUGUUACCGGCUUUACACCGAAAGACAGUUCAAGGAGGAACUUUUGGUAGGGAUUUUUCAGAAAAAAUGUAUAGAAUGGUUAGAAGGGAGAGUUAGUUGGUAUAGGUAUUCUUUGUGGUCUCUUAGUCUCUCAGCGUCUCUCUCAUUUUUGCGUGCUAUUUUCAUGUUUCUCUGACCUCGCCGGUGAGGGAACAGAGAGACGCAGACAAGCAGAAAGUUUCAAGUCCCGGUGAAUGGACUAUAUAUUACUAAAAGCUUCCUAAUGAGAAUACUGAAAUUUCUCUUCAAAUUCCUUGCUUUCGAAAAAAAAGUCUAUAAACUGAACUCUCAUUUCUACUAAGCCCAAAAACUCAAAAAAUCACAUUAUUUUUGAUUUUUCAGAUCUCAACAGUUCCCGAAAUCCAACGAACCAACCUUUCCAACGUCGUCCUUCUCCUGAAAUCCCUCGGCGUCGAUGACCUCCUCAAAUUCCACUUCAUGGACGCCCCGCCCCAAGAUAACAUGCUCAACUCGAUGUACCAACUGUGGACCUUGGGCGCCUUGGACAACACCGGGCAACUGACGCCGAUGGGCCGCAAAAUGGUCGAAUUCCCCGUGGACCCGACCUUGUCGAAGAUGUUGAUCGUCUCCGAGGACAUGGGCUGCAGCGACGAAGUCCUGACCAUCGUCUCGAUGCUCUCCGUCCCCGCCAUCUUCUUCAGACCCAAGGGUCGGGAGGACGAGGCCGACGCCAAGAAGGAGAAGUUCCAGGUUGGUUUUUAAAAAUUUUUAGUGGCCACUAUAGAGGCUCGCUAAGGACUACUUGAAGAGGACACUAAAAUGGCCACUAAUCCCACCUAUAUAGUGGCCACUAUAUUCCGUUUUAGUGGCCACUAUAGAGGUUCUCUGUUUAGUGGCCUCUUCAGUAGUUUUUCAUCCAGUGUUCCUUCCAGUAACUCUGAUAAUUUUAAAACAACCAGAGUGGACCAGUUAUGUUGAUUCAUUGACCCCUAAAGUGGCCACUAAAACUUUUAGUGGCGUAAUAGUAGCACUUAGAACUCUACAAUGGCCACUAUUUUCUAACCCCUUAAGUGGGCACUAAUUUGACUACUGUAGUGGCCACUAAAACGUCAAAACCCUAUAGUGGCCACCAAAAAUUUUCGCAGAAUUGUUUUCACCUGAAAAUUAAAAUUUUUAUGGGCGUAAAGAACUGCCAGGAAAUGAAUUUUAAAAGAUUUUCUAGUUUUUUUUUUUUCGAUGUAGGAAGAUAUUUAUCAGGUCAGCAGAAGAUAGGGUUCCUGUUUCGUUGCUUUUUUUUAAAACUCGGUGUUAGGAAAGGAUGUUAUUAAAUGUUUAAGCUUUAGAGCCCUCAAAACAAACGUUCGACCAAACAUUUCGAACAAAUGUUGAAACCAUACUUUUUUGCGUAGAAUUCUCGCAAGUUAGGAGUUUUUGUGUUUUUUUUUUCAAUAAAUUUUAUGACAACCUUUUUAAUUUUACCUGGAAUCCAAACAUAUGCGAAAUAGUUUUCAUUAAGGCUUGAAAGCUUUUUUUUGGCGAAAAUAGAAAAGUUGAACUUCUGUGAUUUUAAUGAACAGAAUUUUUGGAAAGAACUGCGAAACUACUCAUAUUGUGAAAAAAUACGUACUUUAAGACCGCUAACACCUUAAUAAAUCCCUAAAAACCUUUCAACAAUUGAAAAAAAUUGAAAAAAAUAGUCUUGAUAAGAAAGUGACCGAACCUUCCGACUUUUUCCAGCAUGCCGAUAAAAGAUAAUUCGACGAGUAACAAAGUAAGAGUCUUUCUAGACUUUUAAAAAUUUCUGAAACAUCAAAAUCAAUUAUCCAGUUUCGAGCUGUUUUGAAAAUUUUUUGAUCUUUUUCAAUCAAUAUCGAAAAAAAUUUAAGGUCUUGCAUUUUUCCUUUCCUAGGUCCCCGAAUCCGACCAUCUCACCUUCCUGAACGUCUAUCUGCAAUGGCGACAACACAAAUACUCGGCCAAAUGGUGUGCCGAUAAUUAUCUCCACGCCAAGGCCCUCAAAAAAAGGUUUAUAUUAUAGUUCUAGACGUUUAAAAAAUAAAAAAAUAGAUUUUAUUCGAAAAUUGCAGGUCCGAGAAGUGAGAGCUCAGCUGAAGGAAAUCAUGCAGGACCUGAAAAUAGCUAUCAAGUUGGUUUUGAAGGAAUAUUUGUCUUCCUACGUCUUUGUAAAAGGUCUUAUCCUGAUAUCAGUGAUAAUAAGGGGACCGGCUCUAGUGACCAAAGAUGGGCAAAUACAGAACUUGUUCAGGCCGGGAGAAGGGGUUGGCUCCCGAAAAUUUUGAAAAAUCAGAGAAAAAAAAAUCAAGUUUCAACGGGAGGUAGUUUUGGCCACGGUAGUACAAGUUUCAGCCUCAGGGAGGUAGUAUGAACUUUAAUUUAAGAAAAAGUUGGAAGGAAGAGUCUUUUUAAAACAGUCUGCUCAUGUAUGCUAGUGACCUAUCCGUUCUUUUUUUUGUGAAAGCUGAGAUUUUUGAAUUCAUGGCUUUCCCACUACCAACACUUCCUAAACCCUUUGAUUUGGUCGCUGUGGGGAUUGAACUUGUGACCCCAUGGACCGUAGACAGACGCACAACCUGUUGCGCUACAUUCAAAGAAUUCCAGAAAAAAAGUUUUUAGAUCGACGGGAAGUGAAUGGGAUGUCGUGCGGAAGUGCAUCUGCUCGGCGUAUUUCCACAAUGCGGCGAGGUAAAAAUUCCAAACAUUAGUGAAAUCAAGAGGAAAUCUAGAGAUUUGAGAGGAAAUUUUAAAAAAAAACUGUAAAUUUAGUUUAAUUAGGGUUAGAAAAAAAUGAAUGUUAGCAUUGAACAUUCGAACAAGAAUGAUUAAAAAAAUCGAAAAAUUACAUCGAGUAAUUUCUAAAAAAAUGUAAUGUUUCUAGUCAAAAAAAUAUGCUUUCAAAUAAUCAAUACUUCCAAUUUAAAAAAAUAUUCAUUUUUUUCUGAAGAUGUUGUAACUAAUUGACAGAAUGAGCAGGAAAAAAAUAAGUCUAGGUAAAUAGAUUUUGAAUCAAAAUAAAAUUUUCAAAUUUAACGAUUUUUUUUCUCUCAAAAAAGCUUACAAAAGGUAAAAUGACGCUCAACUUUUCAGUGAUAAGAAAUUAAGUUCCAUUUAAAACGAAAAUUUUGCUUAUCGUGGCUCGUUUUCUCAUUUUUCGCCUUCCAUUUCUUAAAAAAAGAGCGUUUUUACAUCACUUUUUGCUUUUUUAGAGAGUCCGAAUCCUAAAACUUCAGCAAAGUUAUAAUUCCAGAAAAGGAGGUUCGAAAAUUUAAAAAAAAGCAUGCCAAGAGAAUUGAUUCAUUUUCAAUAGUUCUAGAGCCCAAAGACCGUCUUUUUGGUCAUUCAAAGCUAAAAAAAGAACUUUCAAAGAUUUGAGAAAAAAAUUCUAUUGAAAAAAAGGUAAACUUUUUCCAAUUUUUUUCAGACUGAAAGGUAUCGGCGAGUAUGUGAACGUGCGAACCGGUAUCCCAUGUUUCUUGCACCCGACCUCGGCCUUGUUUGGCAUGGGUUUCAUGCCUGACUAUGUGGUUUGAAAGGAACUUUCCCUUUCUUCAAAAGCAAUUCAUUUUUGAGGUUUACCACGAGUUGGUGAUGACCGCCAAGGAGUACAUGCAGUGCGUGACGGCCGUCGACGCCAUUUGGCUCGCCGAACUCGGCCCGAUGUUCUAUUCUGUCAAGGUAGAAUGAUAAAAAUGACUAUCCUUUAGAAAAAUGGACCUGAAAGUUAUAAAUCACCGGAAAAUUGGUUUUAAGAAUCUGUCAAAAACGGAUUUUUGAUCACAACUUCCUUGUAUGGAGUUUGAUCUUUUUGAAACUUUCGGAGUUGUGAUGACCGUUGUUUGUAAAGAAACUUUAUGGAAUUUCAGUUCACGAAAAAAAAAACAGCUUCGAAAGUUUCAGAAAGAUUAAGCUCUAUACAAAAAAUUUGUGAGAAAGUUUUUUUUUGGUGGUUUUCCUGACGGUACUGUAGCUUCCGAAGUUCAAAAAAUUUUUUUAAUGACAGAAUAUUUUUUUGGGUUCGUGAGCUUCCAUAGAAAUUGUCAUUUUUUUCCAGCAAUCCAAGCAAUCUCGCAAGGAAAUGCGGAUGGAAAGCGUCCGGACAGUUGAAUCGAUGGAAGAAGAGAUGAAAGAGGCCCAGAAAGAGAUGGAAAGGUAUCGCAUUUUGAGAAGUUGCUCACAAAAAAGUGAAAAAACCUUCAGAAAAUUCAGAAAAAAAACUUUAAUUUAAAGUCGAUUAGGCUUUUUUCGUUCCAACUUUAUUGAAGUUUAAUUGAAGUUAUGCCUUCUAAACUCUAUAAACUUCAAAAAGACAGGAAAUCUAGCAGUUUGAGUUACUAUGAUAUGAUCCGCGCGCAAGUAGUUUCAAGUCGGGCGCGAUUCAAAUCAACCGCUUCGUGUAGAUCAGUUCCAAUGAGAAUGAGUUAAAGGAAAUCCCAAAAAAGUCAACUUUUGAAGUUCAAUAACUGUAUUAAAUUCCUUUCCGGCUUCGCCCAAACUUAAAAAAGUCUAGGUUUUUUGGGGCCUAAUUAUUUAGAAACCUAACAGCGUUGUCUCAUUUGUUUUCCUAUGCAUUCGCGCGAAAACAGUUUCGAGUCGGGCGCGUACCAAAAAAAAUGCCGCUUUGCAGCCGUUUUCCGUCCGCCCCCAAGUUAAUUUGAAAACGAAAAAAAUUUCAAAAAUAAUCAAAAAGAAAUAUCUUUCUGGGGGUUGCGUCUUGAGGUUUGAAAACGUUGUCUAAUUUACCUUCCUAUACCUUCAUGCGGAAACAGUUCCAAGUCCGGUCCGUUUCAUAUCAACCGCUUCGCAGCCGCCUCGCGUAGAUCCAUUCCACUUGCGAUCGUGUCAGUAGGAAUGAGUAAAAAAAAUCCUUAGAAAAAAGUUAAUUUGAGGAGUACCAGAAACUAUGUUACAAUGAUUUCCAGCUUCGCAAAAAAUUUAACUAAGUCAAAGUUUUUUGGGGACUAAUGCUAUUAGAAGCCAAGAAUCUUUGUCUCAUUUGUUUUCAUAUGCCUUCAUGCGGAAACAGUUUCAAGUCGGGCGCGUUUUGAAUAAAAGCCGCUUUGCAGCCAGUUCACGCCUGUGGCUUUGUUCAACUUUUUGCCUGAGAAAAUUUCAAAAAACAAUGAAAAAAAAAAUCUUUCCGGGGUCGGGUCGCUUUUUGAAAGCGACUUGAGAUUUGCAGCGUUUUCUAAUUUACCUACCUACGCCUUCCUGCGGAAACAGUUUCAAGUCGGGCGCGUUUCAAGAAAAAACCGUUUUUCGUCGGCCUCCGUGGCCUUCACGUUAACGCAAAUUUUGAAACUAAGUUCAACUUUUUUCCUAAGAAAACUUCAGAAAGCAUUAAAAAGAAACAUCUUUUGGGGCUGCUGUCUAAUUUACCUACCUACGCCUUCCUGCGGAAACAGUUUCAAGUCGGGCGCGUUUCAAGAAAAAGCUGUUUUUUGUUGGCCUCCGUGGCCUUCACGUUAACGCAAAUUUCAACUCUAAUCUCAAUUUUUGCGUGAAAAAGUUCCGAGAAUCAUAAAAAGGACUAUUUGCCAGACGAAAAGUGGAAAGCGAGCGGGAUUUCAAGCGACCCGACUCCUCGAGAAUCGCCGACGUCGGCCGGUCUGUCCGCAGCAAAAUGUGGGGAAUGUAA